AUGAAUCCUACUACCCAUCAGAUUCAGCUAGAUCGCAUUCUGUACAUGGAUCAGAAGGAUGAUUCACCCACUCAUAGGGCUCCUUAUCCACUAAAUUUUCCCAUUGGUGAAGAUAAGGAGUCCAUCCGCAAACGAAUUCAAAGUACACGAUAUUCCGAUCCGUUCUAUUAUGAUACUGAUACGUUCACAAUGGCAAUGGAAGAUAGAUUUCUUCGAUGGAGACCUUCUUCGUCCAGUCAUUUUUCUGGAGAUGCAUUAAAUGGAGUCCAUCCAUAUCAAUUGGAUUGUCAGGACAGACAGCUGGAUGAUAUUACUACAGUAAAGUUGGUCACUCCAACAACAUUAGUAGAUAAAAAUGAUAGCUUGAUGAAAGAAUUAGAAUCUAUGUACAACGAUUCAACUAUAAGAUUGAUUCUUAGUCUUCAGAGGAAGGAACUACAGGGUGACGAUCAAAAUGAGGAGGACGUAGCCGAAAAUGGCAGCACAGCUGAAGACUCUCUCAAUAUUCUUAGUGAGUACUGCUUCAAAAAGUCGGAAUACGGAUCACAGCUACCGCCAAUUGACGUUACAUCCGCCAUGAUAAUCCCAGCUACACCAAUGAACAUCUACGAGACUGAAAUCACCAAGAAACCUCAUACUGGGUCCCGUGGUGCUCAUGGAUUUGUUUUUGAUAAGUGA